CAGCAUGGGGUGUGGGUUGAAGGCGGUCAUUGAGGUCUUAACAAAGAAACUGUAGUCUGACAGGUUUGCUCAGGGUGUUUGCGCACGACCACAAUUAAACUGCCUUUUCCGUCGGUUCUCACGCCGGGAGAAAAAGUGCACUCGGUUCACAAAAGAUCUUCAGAUAAGACUGAAGCGGAAGGGUUAAGAGCUGGACGACACCUUUACAGCCUGUAGCUGCUCUUUUAAAUUCGUGUUAAAAAAUAUCAAAUGGAUGGUUUCAAUGAAAAGACGAGUCUUCUGAGUGAGACGCGAAAGACCUACACAAUGAAUGGAAGCCCGGGCAGUCAGCCUGCGGCGCGUCGCUUCCCCGGGUUCCUGUGUGACCUCAGCCCCCUGGAGCUGGCUGGAGCCCCUCAGCAGCAGCACUGUCACGGGAAGGCUGGCGAAGCGAGCCGCGGGGAGCGGGGGAAGCGCAGGGCCCGCCUCCAGCUGUACGUGGCCUCAGCUGUCUGUCUCGUCUUCAUGAUCGGGGAGGUGGUGGGGGGGUACCUCGCCCACAGCCUGGCCAUCAUGACGGACGCGGCACACUUACUGACAGACUUCGCCAGCAUGCUCCUCAGCCUCUUCUCACUGUGGAUGGCAUCACGCCCCGCCACCAAAACCAUGAGCUUCGGGUGGCAUCGCGCGGAGAUCCUGGGCGCGCUGGUGUCUGUGCUGUCUAUCUGGGUGGUGACCGGGGUCCUGGUGUACCUGGCAGUGCAGAGGAUCCUCACAGAGCAGUAUGAGAUCGACGGCAGGGUGAUGCUCAUCACAUCGGGCUGUGCCGUCGCUGUCAACAUCGUAAUGGGGAUCACACUCCACCAGUCCAGUCACCUUCACGGGCACAGCCACGGGCCUCACAGUGCGUCUCACUCCCACAACGCCUCUGCCAGCCCCCAGCAGAACCCCAGCGUGCGGGCCGCCUUCGUCCACGUGAUCGGGGACCUGCUGCAGAGCGUGGGCGUGCUGAUCGCUGCCUAUGUCAUUUACUUCAAGCCAGAGUACAAGAUCAUCGACCCGAUCUGCACCUUCCUCUUCUCUCUGCUGGUCCUGGCCACCACCAUCACCAUCCUGAGAGAUGUCCUGAGGGUCCUCAUGGAGGGGACUCCAAAGGGGAUGCAGUUCAGCGAUGUGAAGGAGACUCUGCUGUGUCUCCGGGGGGUGAGAGCCCUGCACAGCCUGCACAUCUGGGCUCUGACCAUCAACCAGGCCGUGCUGUCUGUGCACAUCGCCAUCAAGGAGGGCGUGGACGGGCAGGCAGUGCUGAAGGAGGCCAAUGAGGUGCUGCAGAGCAAGUUUGACUUCCACACGACCACCAUCCAGAUCGAGAACUACUCCGAGGACAUGCAGGACUGCCAGGAGUGUCAGGACCCCCGCGACUGAGAAAGGGGCCCCCUGCAGCCCACCCCAGGACCCUCAUCGCUGAGGGAGUCGCCUCUGCAAGCCUGCCGUGCCGUUCUUACUGAUAGGACUCCUCGUAACAUACCAUUCGUUAGCCUUUAGGUAUGAACCUGACCAUCGCAGUGUGCAGUGUUUGGCCAGUUUGGUCAAAUGGCUGUUUUGUAUAUUUUUUUUUAUUUUAUUUUUGUUAUCCAAGUGGGGAUUUGCAAAUUCUUUUUUUAAUAUAAAACAUUAAUUAAAAAAAUCGGACUCUU